AUGGUCGCAUUAUUCUUUGUAAUUGCUUCGCUCCUCGUAAGCACUCUGCUUCAUCGAUGGCUCAGACGACCGUCAGUCAAGCACGUCAAGGGACCACCGUCGGCCUCUUUCUGGCUAGGUCACGAACGCGUUCUCCGCGAUCAAGAUAAUGCCGGUGAUCUCGAAACGAAAUGGCGAAGGGAAUAUGGCACGCUUUAUCGUGUUGGGGGCUGCUUUGGGCAAGACGUCCUGGUAGUAUGCGACCCCAAAGCUUUCGAACACAUUUUCCAUCAGUCACGACCUUAUCCAAAAUCGAAGGACAUCGUCUUCAUCGAGGAUCUCCUCCUUGGUCAGGGGCUUGUCACUGUCGGUAAUCCUGAAUCCGGGAUUCUCUCUUACGCACUCCGAAAAUACGAGGUUAUCUUUCAGCAAUGCUCUGACAAGCUUGUGAACGAGAUCGGGAGAACUGUGACUGGUACAGAUAAAACCGUCAAUGUCCUUGAUUGGACAAGCAAGGCUACCCUGGACAUAAUUGGGCUGGCCUCUUUCCGGUAUGAUUUUGGUUCGCUCGAUGGUCAAACAACAGAGCUAGGGCGAGCAAUGAAGCAUCUUUUUACUGCCUCGCAAUCCAAUACAACGGCACUAGAGCAUUUUCUUAUAGCUCUGAUACGAAUGCUUCCAGAUUCGGUCCUAGGAUUCCUACAGCUGAUCUCCACUCGAGAGAUUCGUUUAAUCGCCAGCGUAGGAAAUGCCGCCAAGAAAACUGCCCGAGAGGUCAUGGAUAGCCCGGAUAACAAGGCGCAGACGCCAGGAGACGAUAAAGACGUCGUUAAUCUCCUAGCGAGAGCUCGCUCAGCAGGAAAAAUGCAAGAUGACGAAAUCGAGGCGCAGCUAAUGACCUUCGUCAUUGCCGGGCACGAGACGUCGAGCACUAGCCUAUCCUGGUUGCUAUACGAACUCACCGUGCAUCCUGAGCAUCAGUCCAUAAUUCGCGCUGAGCUCAAACAGUCAAACGACUACGACUCUAUGCCGUUCUUGAACGCAGCCAUCAAAGAGGCUUUACGUCUACACCCAAUUGGACAUUCCUUGAUACGCACUGCUCCUCAUGAUGACGUCCUCCCUCUCUCCGAAGGGAGAACGCUUGCCAUACCCAAGGGGCAGACACUGGUUUGUUCCGCUUACCUAUACAACCGUCUUCCAUCUCUCUGGGGAGAUGACGCGGAAGAUUGGAACCCUGGUCGGUUUCUUGACAAGACUCUGCCGGUCUCGCUUGGUGUGUACGCUAAUCUGAUGACAUUUAGUGCUGGAUCUCGUUCAUGCAUCGGGUGGCGAUUUGCCGUCGUGGAAAUGCAAACAAUCCUAGCUAACCUGAUUCAGCACUUCGAAUUCAGUUUGCCUGAGGGAGGAGUCGAGAUCCUACAUUUUCCUGGGUCACCAGCGGUCGUACCCAUUACCUCACACAGCGCUGAACCCCCAACGGCAUGGAUAGCAGGGGAAAACGGGCAAGGUUACGCGAAACGUGAGACUUAUUCACCUGCAGAACGCGAAAUCUGGACAGAGUACGUCGAAGAGUUCUCGAGUCCACUGCAACACAUAAACUACAAAGAGUGGCUCCGCACCAUGCGCAGUAUCAUCGUCGAAAUGGGUUCCCUGCAGCAAGCCGAUGCCAGAAGACAUAUCGGGGACGUUUGUUGGGAAGCCAUGGUGCUACUUGAUAUACCACGCCGGUACCGUUACCAUGAGAACUUGUCUGAUAUCAAGAACUUGAAUUGGGAUUUGGAACCCGUUAAGGUUUCUUCUCCGUGCAAUGUAUGCCGCAUGUCUAAAUACCCAUGUCAUUAUACCAGUAGAGAUGCUGCCAGCGAGUGUCGGGAAUGCUACUUCCAAGGACAGACCUGCUCACUGGGAAAUAGCCAGCGAGCGGGCAAGAAGCGAAUGCGGGCCGAUUCCGUCGAAGAAUACGAGGAAUCCAAGCCUGCUGAAUCAAAGGGAAAAGAGAAAGAACACAAACGGAAGAAACGCAAAACGGAGCCGGAAGAGGACAAAUGGGACUCCAACCUUAUCAAGCGCCUCGAGCUUCAACUGGAAGCAAAAGAGCGGCAGGUGGCUAGUCUCUCGGACGAAAGGAACAGACUCCAACAGUGCUAUGAUGUAUCGACAAACCGCAUUGCGCAGCUACAGGAGGAGGUUUCUCGGCAAAAUAUUCGAAUACAGGAAUUGGAAGGCAGGUACGCCCAAGGGACAGAUCGGAAGUGGUGGGAGAAGGCGACAGGCAGAUAA